AUGCAUCAGAGUGGCAUGCACUUUGUUGAUAUCGCGAUCCAUUCUCUUGGCGAACGCCGAGAGAUCAUCCAGGUUCAUAAGCUCAAGGUCAUCCAUCUCAUACUGUUGGAUGGACUGCAGGAGCUCGCCACCGUGAUACCAGUGCGUGGAAUGACUGAGAUUGGCCGGGUCGUAGGGCUUGGCCUCAUCCGUGUUCUGGACUGUGGAGCUGUUACGAGGGCUGCGGGAACGACGUCUCUCUGGGCGCAGGAACAUGCCAUCCCAAUCUCCGCGCUGCAUCACGCUCUCCCAACGAGGGUGAAGGUUCGAACUUAUCACCCAAUCUUCAAAAACCAUUUCUCCAUCUGGCUGCUUUUCGAAGAUGACACGAUAGAAUGGUCGCUUUAUACGCCCACUGAGAGUGAAAUAGUUGCAGUAUGUCUUGCGAAAGCCGGGACCCUGCAUAACAAGGACUUUGAUUUGAUCAUCGGUGAGUUCGGCCUUCGAAUUUGGAAACCCGAGUGGCAUGUUCUCGGAUUUACCCCAAGAGUGCCGAGUUACUUUCGGUUUGAGCUUGUUCUCGGUCUCGCCGGACUCGGGCGUAGGGGAAGGGCUGCUGAGGCCAACACGAGAGGCGGUCUCGGCCUCUGCGAGAUCAUUGUUGGACCUUUCAGCCAGCUUAUUUUUCUUUGCAACUUUCGGGUUGGUGGCUCUAUUGAUCGAGGUAUGUUCGUUGGCUCCGGCAGAUGUAAUCAGGACGGUGAAAGGCUCCGUUUCUUCACCGGCCAGAGAAGUUCCCACCGAGCGGGAGGUCUUCUGCGCCUUUUUGGUGUUGUCGUUGGACUCCAUUGUUAA